GGUUUGCGAUGUCAGUUAGUCAACUGAGUUGACAGUUUGACACAUUUUCAAGACAUUUCACCUGCUAAACUUCAGUUAAGAUAAAUUGCAUAAAUUAUUUUUAUAUAUUUAUUGCCUGAACUGCAUUUAUAAAUAACGGAAGCGAAAUACACAUAAUUGUUGAAUAACAUGCAGUGACUCGAGUAUGUCUGGCGAUUUUCAGUGCCAUAGUAUCACGUGCCGGCGACUCGAUGUGGCUCAAAAGCCUUUGCAAAUCCAUUCUAUUUGGUUUACCCAUUGGAGUUACCAUCCUUGAUACCGUGGGAUAUGUCGCUAGAGUCGAAGGAAUAUCUAUGCAACCAGCCCUAAAUCCAGAAUCUACGAACACAGACUAUGUCUUUUUAUCGAGAUUGGCAGUGAAAGAUUACGAAAUAAAUCGAGGUGACAUAAUAUCGCUAGUUUCACCCAAGGAUCCAAAUUUGAGGAUGAUUAAACGCGUCGUAGCGCUACAGGGUGACGUUGUGAGCACACUAGGUUACAAGAAUCAGUAUGUGAAAGUUCCAGAUGGUCAUUGUUGGGUUGAAGGUGACCAUACUGGUCACACUCUUGAUAGUAAUACAUUUGGACCGCUAUCUUUAGGGUUAAUAAAUGCUAAAGCUUUGUGCAUUGUGUGGCCACCGCAGCGAUGGCAGAGACUGGAAACUAAGAUUCCAGACCAUAGGAAGCCAGUUAAUUAUCACACUAUUUAGUGUUUUUAAUUUACAAUUGGAAUUUUAUAGUAGAUUGAAGUGUUGUUACUUAAUGAAACGAUGUAUAACAAUGUUAUGUACUGGUGACUAUAAGCUUAGCAUUAUUUUUCAUUGCAAUAAAUUACACAUUUUACUGUGUAAAUAAACAUGUAAAUUAUUUUUGUAAAUUUUCUUUCUAGUCUUGUUUGGUACGGGAGUUCUGUAUAAACAGUGACAAUGCAAUUUUUAAAACAUUGUACUAAAUGAUAUAAAGCUAAGAUCUUAUAUUAAAUUAUUUAUACUACAAAUUAUAGGUACUGUCAUGAAAUUGGACAAAUAAAUUUUUGUUAAACUAA